UCCGCGAGCGCAGUGUCACGUGAUGUGUUAGAUCGGAGCUGGCAACUGCCGUUCCAGUAUCCACACCGCACUUAUCUUGAUCGCGAUUGUUUCCAGCAUACUGCAUCUCUCUCAUUAUCUUAUUCAAUAUGUCUUCCGGUGUGACACCAGCUCCCGAAUGUCUCCAGAGAUUUGAACAACUGAAGAUGUCCAAAUCGCUGAAGUACAUUUUCUUCAAAUUGAACGAUACCCGGACGGAGAUCGUCGUUGAUAAGACUUCGGAUAGUUCUGAUUACGAAGAAUUUCUGGACAACUUGCCUAGCGAUGGUUGCAAAUGGGCCGUCUACGACUUCGACUAUAAGUUGGAAGAUGGGUCGCAGAGGAACAAGCUCUGCUUCUUCUCCUGGUCACCAGACAAUGCACCCAUUCGGGCAAAGAUGGUCCACGCAUCCUCAAAGGAUGCGCUACGGAAGUCGCUACAGGGGAUUAGUGUGGAGAUCCAGGGAACGGAUCUAACGGAGGUUGCAUAUGAAACCGUCCUCGACAAGGUGAAGCGCUUCAUCCGAUAGGUAGUUGUACCAGUCUGGUUUGAUCUGUGAUGUUAGCUCAGAAGAUGCACAUUACUGUAAACCUUGUUUUGAUGUAGUAAUCGUGAAGAUAGUUGUAUAAAGCUGCAAAGGAUUCACACUACGGUACGAGCAGAUGUAGUCAAGACUUUUCUCAAUUAUGAAGCGUCCAAAAUCCCGUCGA